CACUACUUGAGGCCUCGCGUCUCACCCCUUCUCCCUCCCAUCUCCGAGGCUGAGACUUGCACUCGCAUGGAGGAUCUCCCUCUUCAUCCCCUCGGUCGAGACCUCCACCGGUGCCCCACCGCUUCCGAGGUGGUGGAGGAAAUGAGAGCCAUCGGGGCGAUCUCUGUCCCCGCGGCUCUCACCGGUCUCGUCCUCUACUCGCGCGCCAUGGUUUCGACGCUCUUCCUCGGUUACCUGGGCGAGCUCGAGCUCGCCAGCGGCUCUCUCUCCAUCGGGUUUGCUAACAUCACCGGCUACUCCGUCCUCUCCGGCCUGGCCAUGGGCAUGGAGCCCAUCUGCGGCCAGGCGUUCGGCGCCAAUCAACGCAAGCUCCUCGGCCUCACCCUGCAGCGAGCCAUUCUGCUGCUCCUCUCCGCCUCCGUCCCCAUCUCCUUCCUUUGGCGCAACAUGAGGAGGAUCCUGUCUUGGUGCGGGCAGGACGAGCAGAUAGCCUCCGCCGCCCACGUCUUCAUCACGUUCGCCAUCCCUGACCUGUUCCUCCUCUCCUUUCUCCACCCUCUUCGCGUGUACCUGAGAUCUCAGAAUGUCACCUUCCCGGUCACCUGCUGCUCCGUCGUCUCCGUCGUCCUCCACAUCCCGUUGAACUACCUCCUCGUGGUGCGUCUCCGGAUGGGCAUCGCGGGCGUGGCUUUGGCCAUGGUCUGGACCAACUUGAAUCUCUUCGUCUGCUUGCUGCUCUUCGUGCUGUGCUCUGGCGCGUGCAAGGACUCGUGGGUGCGCCCCAGCAUGACCUGCCUCAGGGGGUGGUCGGCGCUGCUGAAGCUCGCCGUGCCCUCGUGCGUGUCCGUCUGCCUCGAGUGGUGGUGGUACGAGCUCAUGAUACUCCUCAGUGGCCUGCUUCCCAACCCCAAGGCUGCCGUCGCUUCCAUGGGCAUACUGAUCCAGACCACGUCGUUGGUGUACGUGUUCCCGUCGGCGCUCAGCUUCGGGGUGUCGGCCCGCGUCGGCAACGUGUUAGGAGCCAACCAUCCCGCCAAGGCCCGGACAGCCACCAUGGUGUCCUUGGCGUGCGCCCUCGUGCUGGGGCUGGCGGCCAUGGCCUUCACCACGUCGAUGAGACAUCGGUGGGGGAGGCUGUUCACCGACGACGCAGAGAUCCUGAAGCUCACGACACUGGUGCUGCCGAUCGCCGGGCUGUGCGAGCUAGGGAACUGCCCUCAGACCACCGGGUGCGGCGUGCUAAGGGGGAGCGCGAGGCCGACCACCGGAGCCAACAUCAACCUGGGCUCCUUCUACUUGGUCGGGACGCCCGUCGCCGUGCUCCUGGGCUUCUUCCGGAGGAUGGGGUUCCCGGGGCUAUGGCUGGGGCUGCUGGCGGCGCAGGCAUCGUGCGCCACUCUCAUGGCGUAUGCGCUCGCCAGAACGGAUUGGAUGGUGGAGGCGGAAAAAGCCAGAGAACUGACGAAAACUUCCAACUCUCCUCCUCCUCUCAUUCCUCUCACUGCUGCUACUAAUGCCAUCGCCGGCGGCAAUAAGAGUACAGCCGCACACAUCAUGAAUGGCGAUGUGAAGAGGCUCGGUGCUUCAGAAACGGCUCCCCUCAUUCCUGUGCGGGUUCGAUGCUGCUUCGCAGUGGAAAGCAGAUGCCACGGUCACUCUCAGCUCUGCCUUCUCCGGUCCCGCUUCAGAGAGCAGCCAGCACAUGUACCACCACUGAACAUUCAUUCUCCCUCUCGGAGGUUUGGUUUCAGCAUUCCUCCGUACUUCUUUCACCUCGAAGCCAAUUAAUUUAAGUACAUCAGUCCCAUUUUCUUCCUCACAUGUGUCUGUCUUAAUUUCUUGACUUUUCAAUGCACAGAGUACCAUAAAGUGGCAUCGAAAGCAAUGUCAAGCAUUACAGUGUUAGUGUUGCCUUUCGAUAUGCUCUCGUACCAGUUUUCCUUCAAAAGAAUCGAAUCUUGCUUUAGAGCUUUCUCACCAUAUAAAACCUAUCGAUUUGGUUUGGUUCUUUGCAUUCUGAUUGCUUGAUCUAGUGCUUUUUUACUCUGUGCUUGUACUUGGCUUCUGGUGGAGUCAUGUGCAUGAGGCUUACGUCAUCCGGGUGUACCUUUUGUCUCCAAUAAAGGGGUCAGACGUUAGAUCUCUUGUGGGCGACAUGCAUAAUUACUCCUCGUAUAGAACUAUGCAUAUUGCUGCUGGGACACAACUUGGCACUUGGAAGCUCAUAUGCUGCGUCAGCAUCAAUCACGAUCGAUAAUGCUUUUUCAGAAGAGAAUAUUUCUCUAAUCAAAGACUUCUUCUGACUGUAUACGAAAAAUCUUCGAACGAUGAUUUUUUUACUGUGA